AUGGGUAUUGAAGUUGACACAAAAUAUGGAGGAACAGGAGCUUCAUUUUUUACCUCUGUCCUGGUGAUAGAGGAAUUAGCCAAAGUGGACGCAUCUGUGGCCGUCUUAUGUGACAUCCAGAACACAUUAAUUAACAAGCUGAUUGGAAAGCAUGGGACAGAAGAGCAACAGGCCACCUAUUUGACCCAGCUGACUUCAGAAAAAGUAGGAAGUUUCUGCCUUUCAGAGGCUGGAGCAGGUAGUGACUCAUUUGCUUUGAAGACCAGAGCUGAUAAAAACGGAGAUUAUUAUGUCAUCAACGGGUCAAAGCUGUGGAUUAGCAGUGCUGAGUACGCAGGCCUUUUCCUGGUGAUGGCUAACGCAGACCCUGCCAUGGUUCCAGAAACCAAUAUCCUGGGACAAGUUGGGCAUGGCUAUAAGUACGCCAUAGGGAGCCUUAAUGAAGGUAGAAUAGGAAUUGCCGCACAGAUGCUGGGACUGGCACAAGGAUGUUUUGACUACACUAUUCCAUACAUUAAAGAAAGGGUACAAUUUGGCAAAAGAAUAUUUGAUUUUCAGAGUCUCCAACACCAGGUGGCUCACGUGGCUACUCAGCUGGAAGCUGCCAGAUUGCUGACAUACAACUCUGCUAGACUUGUAGAAGCUGGAAGACCAUUCAUAAAAGAAGCAUCCAUGGCCAAAUACUAUGCAUCAGAGAUUGCAGGACUAGUGACUAGUAAAUGUAUCGACUGGAUGGGGGGAGUAGGCUACACCAAGAAUUACCCUGUGGAAAAGUUCUUCCGAGACGCAAAGAUUGGUACAAUAUAUGAAGGAACUUCAAAUAUCCAGCUGAGCACCAUUGCCAAGAGCAUCGAUGCAGAAUACUGACAUCCAUGCGGAUGGGGCGUCUCCCUGAUGUCACUGGUGUAAAGGGUUAAAGGAUGUGCCUUGUUGGGAGAGUAAACCUUCUUAGCACUGAAGUAGUUCAUUUAAACCCUUUGUGAUGGUCCUUGGAGAAGGUGUUUUCUAUUUUAUCUUUUCAGCCUCUUAGGCACUGGAAAUCAUUUUCUAAUUUGAGAUGAAAUGCAUCUGUAGUUUCUCGAAAGCUGUGUUUAAAGUUCAGUACGUAUUUAUAUUAAUCAGCCUAGCUUCAGAGUAUACAGCAGUUUUACUCCGUCAGCAUUUGGGAAAAUAAAGACAUUUGAAGUAUUUCUUAUAGGAAUGGCUAUUUUAUAUUCCUAUUAAAUCUGCAUUUUGUGGUAUCAAUCAGAAAAAUGUUUGUUACAGGAGGUAAUUUUUAUUUAAUAUUUUAUAAGAUUCACUUACAAGUUGCUAAGCUAAAUAGACAUUGAUAAAAAUUUAUUUAGAAAAAUUAAAAAUUCAAGUUCUAAAUGUCUGAGAAUAGGUGGGUAUAAUUGAAGAAAACACUUUUUAACAAAGGAAAACAAUGUAAUUUGUUACUAUAAUGAACUGUGUAGAAGAUGCAUUUCAUAAUAGUUUUCAGCAAGUCACUUUAAAAACAAGUCUCUGCAUUAGUUUUCAAGUAUAAAUCUUCAAUAAUUUGGUUAAAUAAUCAGAAAGUAUUCAAUGUUAUUCAUUCUGUCGGCACUAUUUUUCUACAAGAUAGUAUCUUUCUGUGUUUAAAUUGAAAACUGUUUCCUCAAAAUUAUUUAUUAAACUUUAUAAUGAAUCGUAAUUCAGAAAUUGGUUGGAUGAUUCUCAAGACGGGAAAGUCUUGCCCUGUAGAGGAACGUAUCAAAAUCUUGUAAGAAAUGGGGGACAGGAGAGGAUUGUCACAAGUUUGAAAAGCAUAUUCAAUGUUAAAAUUAAAAGCAUAUUCAGUAUUAAAGGCAAAAGUAAAUCUGUUGUCUUACAAUACAAAGUAGAGAGGUAAAGCUCAAUGGAGUGUGUCGCUGUUGAGGCCAUUUUCUUCAGUAUCGGAUUCUCGAUGCGGAGAGCAGACCCCUCUGGGGACACAUCAGAAGUCCCCUCGGGACAGGAGUGGGCAGGGGAGGAGUGUGAGAACUUCUUGUUUUCUGAAAAGGGGACCUGGGUUAGGGAGGUAGAAAAAUAAAAUUUCAAGGCUCAUGUGGUUGCAUAAAAUAAUCACAACAGUUAAAUAGGAAGAAAUUUUGUAGUUUAAUAAAGGACAGUGUUUAUUAAGAAUACCUGGCAUCUUUCAAGUAAUUUUGCUUUGUACUUUCAUGUUUAUUGAUUCAUUUCUACAAUGCAGAUCAUAGCUAAAUAUUCAAAAUUGUAUAAAUACAAUGAGAUGGGAAUUACAUUAGAAUAUUAGGAAGAAAUAAAGACAAAUUUAGGCCCUAGAUUAAAAGAGAUAAAGUCUGCUUGACUUUCAAAUAGGAAACUCAGUCAUUCAAUCUUUCAGAACAAAAGACAAAGUAAUCUGAUAAGGAAGGGAGGGGAGGGAUGAAAUGCCCUAAGGGAGGGGGAUGGACAACUUUAAUUUCUGUGAUUAUGCGGAAGAGUGGGAUGUUACAGGUAAUAGGGUAGAAGCCAGCAUUAAUAAAAAGAAUCCCAACUUUUCUCUAUAGAAUCAUAAACACGUGUAAACCUUAUCUUCAAGUUAGCAGCAUGGAGAGCCUCCCAUUGGCAUCUGGACCUGGAAUUUAUAUUUAGUAUUGAUUUCUGUGUAUAUGUAGGAGUUCUAAUUUUAUGUAUGUUUCGUGCAUGUUCACAAAGAACAGUUGAAACUUUCCUUAUUUUGCCUAAGUGUAUUAUGUAUUAUAGUUAAUAUAGGUACCAACCUUCUUAGUGAAUCGCUGUGAUGUUUUACCUUUUUAUCAAAGAGGAUGUAGUGAAUUUUCCCGGUAAUCUUUUCAUUGUAGUUUUUCUUCUUAAUAACCAUGACUUUGGGGUCUUGAAAAUGAUCUAUCUUGUGUUGUGUCUGGUGGAAGACAGAGCCGUUAGCCUCCUGAAGCCCAUCUUUACUGUUUGUUAAUUUGAGGGUUGUGCUGUCUUGGGGCUUGGAAGGCAGAAAGCUGCACACUGCACCCACCAAAGAACCUCUUGACCGUAUUUGUGUGGGCAGAGCUGGACUCAGCCCAACCGCCAAGUCAGUAUCAUAAGAGAUUUGAUUGUACAAUACUGAAAAUGAUUCAGCGUUAAGGAUUUUGCAAUCAUGGAAAGUUAAACCCAGAAAGACCGGAGAGAACCAUCCAUCCAACUCUCUUGUUUUAAAAAUGCAGGAUUCAUAUAGCCCAGUAUACAUGCCCAAGGUCACCCAACCAGGGACAAAGUAAGACAGGAAUCCAUAUAUGCCUGGUACUUAAUUCCCUGCCUUUCUCCUUUUUAACAUUGUCUGUGUUCAAUGAAUGUUGGGUUUCAGCCUUGUUAUAUUUCAGGGACUCUUGGCGAUGUUAUUUUAGGCUUAAGUGAUGAAGAAUCAACAUUUCAGAAGUGCUGCUGAUCGGUGUCAUCGCUUACAUAUGCGAAUCGCCUGCCAGAGACCCUGACCUUUGGCCAUCUUUCUCCAGUGCAGCUGGUAUGUCAAAUGUGCAGAUUAUUGCACGUCAUCAUUUGGUUUCAUGAUUAUGAUGUAGUUUAGCAAAUGCAUAGGUUACAUCCUUGUCGAUGUAUUUUUGUUGAUCUUUCAUAAAGUGAAAAUUGUGUUUUAACGGUAUAUAUCAGCCUGUAUUCGUUGUUACAAAAAUCAAUAUUCUGUGGAAAAAGCAAAAAUCAAGUGCUAAGUUAAUCUGGGAUUUUUGUUAUUCUGCUAAAGCAAAAUUGUUUGUUACAUACACAGAUGAAGUAAGAAAAUAAUGCAGUUUUCCUGCAAGAUAGGUACAUAAGAUUCCUGGGAUUCCUGGGUUUACCUUGCCGAUAGCCUGCCUCUCCCAGAAGCCAAUUUUGUUUGUUUUCAGAGAAGAGGACUUAUAAUGCAGACCAAGUUUAAAUGCUUGAUGCUGAAGAGAAUUUUGCCAGAGGACGCUUUUUUUUUUUUUAAUGGCAAAAUAAACAGCUCUUUAG